AUGUAUAUUUCUUUCUUUCUCUUUGUCUCUCUGUUGCACCGAUCAUGUCAUCUUCCUUUCUUUCAUCUUACACAUUUUCUUCUUUCCCUUCCAUAUCGCUCAAGCCUGAUUAUUGUUCCGCCAUCACCAUCUCCAUUAAACUUUUGCCCCAUUUGGGCGAUAUUACUUUUUCGUGCCUGGUUGAAUGACGUUGACAUAGUAUUUCUCUCUCUCUCUCUCUCUCUCUUCUCUCUCUCUCUCUUUCGAAAUUUACUGUUACAUAUAGCAAUAUUCUUUUGCGCAAAUCAAACGGACGGGGCGGAUGUUUUAAGUCAGCUCAUCAUUUUCUCUUUUUCCAGCGGUCACACUAUCGAAACGUUCAUGUUUUCCUUUUCGUUUUUCUUUCUUUCUUUCUUUCUUUCUUUCUUUCUUUCUUUCUUUCUUUCUUUUCUGUUCAUUAAUCCAGUCAUGUUUUACCUUUCUUUCUUUCUUUCUUUCUUUCUUUCUUUCUUUCUUUCUUUUCUUUUCUGCUCAUUAAUCCAGUCAUGUUUUCCUUUUCGUUUCUUUUUUCUUUCUUUCUUUCUUUCUUUCUUUCUUUCUUUCUUUUCUGUUCAUUUCUUUCUUUUUUCUUUUCUUUUUUUCUUUCUUUCUUUCUUUCUUUUUUUCUUUUUUUCUUUUCUUUUCAUUAAUCCAGUCAUUUUUUCUUUCUUUCUUUCUUUCUUUUUUUCUUUUCUUUCUUUUCUGUUCAUUAAUCCAUCAUGUUUUCCUUUCCUUUCUUUCUUUCUUUCUUUCUUUCUUUCUUUCUUUCUUUCUUUUCUGUUCAUUAAUCCAGUCAUGUUUUCCUUUCUUUCUUUCUUUCUUUCUUUCUUUCUUUCUUUCUUUCUUUCUUUUCUGUUUUCCUUUCUUUCAUUUUUUCCUUUUCUUUCUUUUUUCUUUCUUUUUUUUUCUUUUCUGUUCAUUAAUCCAGUCAUGUUUCCUUUCUUUCUUUCUUUCUUUCUUUCUUUCUUUCUUUCUUUCUUUUCUUUCAUUUUCUUUCUUUCUUUCUUUCUUUCUUUUCUGUUCAUUAAUCCAGUCAUGUUUUCCUUUCUUUUUUCUUUUUCUUUCUUUUCUUUCUUUCUUUCUUUCUUUCUUUCUUUUCUGUUCUUUUUUCCUUUUCGUUUUUUUCUUUUUCUUUCUUUCUUUCUUUCUUUCUUUCUUUCUUUCUUUCUUUCUUUCUUUCACAUUUCAUUUUUUUUCUUUCUUUUUCUUCCUUUCUUUUUCUAUCGAUCUCUCUUCCUUAUGUAUUUCCUUUGA